ACAACAUCGGGAAUGACUGGAUCGAUUCGUUGAACAACACACAAAAGGAGAGCUAAGUACGAGUAAAUAUGUCGUCGACGUCGUUGUUCGAUUUGUUGCGUCGUCAUCCUAUUAACUUAACUAUAUUUGAACAAACUGGACUCUCGCACGAUUAAGUAAAUCUUUAUAAACGUCAAUAGUAGCCGUUAUUGCGGCGUGUUUGGUUUAUUUGUUUCAUUGUUGCAAUUUCACCCUCGACCCGACCGGCUGAUCACCCAAAUCACAAGGCCGGCCUAUCGAUUUUGUUGAUUACCUAAUAACCAAGACCCAAGAUGAAGUUUGAGCUGAAUGAAUUUUGUCCACCAAACGAGACACUGCUUCCCCACUUCUUGUCAGACAAGGGCGUGUCGCCAUGUUUCACAGAGACGGUCAUUUCCUCAGCCAGCGUCCUCUACAUGCUUCUUUUUGGCUCCAUGCAACUAUUGUUGUAUAAAAGAUAUGCUACCCCCGUUCAACACUACGCCCUUCCAUUUUCACAGUUGUAUGGAUUACAGAUGAUACUAAAUGGAACAUUGCCGAUCGUUUGCCUGUUGACCCUGCUCAUCGAACUCUUUGUGUUUAAACCGGGUAUAAUGUAUGGUUACAUGAUUCUACUAAUUCUGCAAGCACUGAUAGCGUGGCCAAUUGCGGUAGUUCUCAUCGUUUGGGAACGAAAGUAUAUGUUGCCAACUCCGCCAUCCCGAGGUCAUGGAAUUAUUCUGCUCGUCUUUUGGACAGGAAUGUUCUCUUUUCAAAACUUGGAACUUCUCAACAUUCGAAAUCAGGAGUGGUUUUUCAAAUUCAAAGAUUUUCAAGAUAUCAUCUACUUUACACUCUUCUUAAUUCGAUAUAUGUGUACUGGCGGAGUCUUUUUAUUGGGACUGAAAGCACCAGGCAUCCCUUCUAUCAGACAUAGUGAAAGUUUCGCAAGACUGCAUCCUGAUGGUGAAGAAGAUGAUGGAGGAAACAGGGAUAGACCAAAUUCUAGUCAAGGGUCACCAUUUCGAAAUAUUUGGAACAAACUAAAAAUGCUGAGCCCCUUCAUUUGGCCCUCUAAAAGCCCACUCUUGCAGUUUUAUGUCAUCGUUUCGGUUGGACUAUUAAUUUUUGGAAGACUUACAAACGUUUUUGUUCCCUUGUACAGCAAAAAGAUUGUCGACAGUAUGACCAUUCUUACAAAUUCAUCCAAGGCAGAUUGGCAGGACUUUUCAGUGUCAGCCGGCUCCAUGUCGUUGGCAUUCAGAUGGGACUAUGUACUUAUAUAUGUGGGACUAAAGGUCGUUCAAGGUGGUGGUGCUGGGGGUACAGGCUUGCUGAAUAAUCUCCGCAGUCUUUUGUGGAUAAGUGUAGAGCAAUUUACUACACGUGAAGUUCAGGUCAAGUUUUUUGAACAUUUGCAUCAACUUAGUCUGAGGUGGCACCUUCAGAGAAAGACGGGGGAAGUUCUGCGAGCCAUGGACAGAGGGACAGAUAGCAUCAACAAUAUACUAAACUACCUGUUGUUCAGUAUUCUACCGACCAUAGCGGACAUCAUCAUUGCGAUUGUUUAUUUCACAAUGUUCUUCAACUGGUGGUUUGGACUCAUUGUUUUUAUAACUAUGGUCUUGUAUCUUAUCUGCACCUUUGCUGUAACGGAAUGGAGAACAAAAUUUCGACGUACAAUGAAUCAAGCUGAUAAUGAGCAACGACAACAAGCAAUUGACUCGUUGUUGAAUUUCGAAACCGUAAAAUACUACGCAAAUGAGAAAUAUGAAACCGAUCGUUACGCAUCUUCAAUUAUAAAAUACCAAAAAGAAGAGUGGAAAGUUACCGCUAGCGUCGCUUUUCUUAAUUUUUUGCAACUAAUCAUCAUAAAUAUUGGAUUACUAAUCGGUUCACUUUUGUGCAUUAAGCUCGUUGUGAAUCAUGAAGGUUUGACGGUCGGCGACUACGUAAUGUUUACGGCUUACUUAAUGCAAUUGUAUGCCCCUUUAAACUACUUUGGCACAUACUACAGGAUGCUCCAGAAAUGUUUUAUCGACAUGGAAAACAUGCUGGAUCUAUUUAAAGAGACUGCAGAAGUGAAUGAUAUCCCAGAAGCCAAGAAUCUAAUGAUCAGCAAUGGAAUGAUUGAAUUCAGAAAUGUGUCCUUCAACUACGUCCCAGAGAAGUCUGUUCUCACAAAUAUUAAUUUUGUUGUUCCUGCCGGUCAAUCAGUUGCCCUCGUUGGACCUUCCGGCGGAGGCAAAUCUACUAUCGUUAGACUACUAUUCCGAUUCUACGAUCCUUCUGAAGGUGAUAUUUUAAUUGACGGACAAAAUAUUAAGCUCGUCACCCAAACAUCUUUAAGAAAAGCUAUUGGAGUGGUUCCGCAAGACACAGUGUUAUUCAAUGAUACAAUCAAGUACAAUAUUCUUUAUGGGAAAAUUGGUGCUGAAGAAGAACUGGUAUUUAAGGCAGCAGAAGGAGCUUGCAUUCACGAGAAGAUAAUGUCAUUUCCUGAUAGAUACGAUACCAAGGUUGGAGAGAGGGGUUUAAAACUUAGUGGAGGGGAGAAACAGCGCGUUGCAAUCGCUCGUACAAUUCUUAAGAAUCCAUCAAUCAAUCUGCUCGAUGAAGCAACUUCAUCCCUUGAUACGCAAACAGAACGCCAAAUUCAAUCUUCCAUUCAACUUGUAUGCGCAAAUAAAACUUCAGUGAUUGUGGCUCAUAGAUUGUCCACGAUCGUCAACUGCAAUCAAAUUCUUGUCAUAAAAGAUGGUAGAAUUGCUGAGGGAGGAACUCAUGAUGACCUGUUGUCACAAAAUGGGGUAUAUACAAGCAUGUGGAAUGACCAAUCCAAACAAGAUACAGGUGACACUGUGGUGCCAACGGAUCUCUCCGAUUUUAAUGCCAACUCAUCCACCGUUAUCGACUCUACAAUUUCCACAUAACUCGUGUUUUCUUUUUAAAUGACUCCUAUAGUCAAAUCGAUAUUAUUUUAUUUCUUUAUAGUAUUUGAACUUUAUUAGGAUCUAUGUACAAGAAUUAUUAUUAUUAGUUAUUAUGAUUAGCAUGUGAUAAAGAAUAUAUGCAUCUCAAA